UCACAGCCCCUGAUUCUCAACAGAACUGUGUCUGUGUGUCUCUGACUGCCCUUAAAACUCAAAAUGCCAACCACUCGCUCCAAGAAAGUAGCAGUGCAGCCUCCAUCCACCAGAAUGAGUCUGAGGAGUUUCCGCAGCGUCCCGUUGGUUUCCAUGGAGACAUCAUCCUCAUCCUCCGAUGACAGCUGUGACAGCUUUGGCUCUGAUGGAGGCUUUGCAAAUACGAGGAGCAACUUAAGACAGAGGAGGAGGUCGGUAGAGAAACCGAGGGUGUUUGGGGCCACGUCAGAGGAGGAUGCCUGCAGUGGGUUUGAGGACAAUGUGAUCAACAAUCGGAUGAAAGCCAUGAAAGUGGACUCGGACUGUGAAGCUCCCAGACGUGGCCGUAGGUCCAGUGGUCUGAAGGUUGCCAUGACGUUUCCCACCAGGAAGACGGCCAAGAAGCGUCCGGCCUCUGAACCAGUCCAUCAGUCUAAAGUAGAAGAUGCAGACUUGGAUGAAGAAAACUUCAUGAUGAAGAGAGCCCUGAAUAUUAAGGAGAACAAAGAAAUGCUUGCAAAGUUAAUGGCAGAACUCAACAAAGUAAACGGACUCUUCCCAAGACGGAUGGCGACAUCUGCAUCCACUACGCCCAGACAAACACCUCGACGGACAAUUGGAACCCCACGAUCCUGCAGGAGAAACCCGGAACGUUUGUCUCGACCCCACACACGAUCCCGCACCUUGGUUGACGGACCCCCAAGCCCGACUACAGAGGAGGAUGAGCCCGAGGAUAAAUUCAGCCUUGUUCGCAGGAGCCGGUACUAUGAGGAAUACGAUGAGCCGCCCCGUCGUCGUUCAUUCAACGGGAGUAAGGCCAUUCCUCAUGUGGUCAGACCUGUGGAGGACAUCAGUGAGCUGGAGCUACAGCGCAUUUGCACCAAUGUGCGAGAAAAGGUCUACAACAGCUCCACUGGAUCCACUUGUCACCAGUGUCGACAGAAAACGACCGACACCAAAACCAACUGCCGUAACCCAGACUGUGUUGGAGUGAGGGGUCAGUUCUGCGGUCCGUGUCUCCGUAACCGUUACGGCGAGGAGGUCCGCGAUGCUCUGCUGGAUCCGGAGUGGCAGUGCCCACCAUGUAGAGGGAUCUGUAACUGCAGCUUCUGUCGGGCCCGUGAUGGUCGCUGUGCUACCGGAGUGUUGGUUUACUUGGCCAAAUACCAUGGCUAUGACAAUGUACACGCCUAUCUGAAAAGCUUGAAGAAGGAGAUGGAUGAGAGCAGUAAGUGACGUGUGGACGGCGAAGCUGAUCUGGAUCUGACCGUUUUUACACAGCUGGGGUUCUUAGUCUUUAGAAACACUGUUAAUCUUCCUGCUUGUGAACCGUUUUGAAGUUGACUGACAUCUGGAGGAGGUGAUCAGAUCUCUCCACCGUUAAGCUUUCAUUGUGCUUGUUCUCAUGUUCUACCGCUUCUAGAAUGCUUGGCCUUCUCAUAAAAGCUUUUUAGGUAGUUAAGGAGGGGCAAUGAACAUUGUUAGCUUGUCUGAACUGGCCUCCAAAUAUUUUUAGACUGUUCUAAGGUGUACAUAUUCUCUGAGCUUGUAUAGAUCCUUUUUUUUUUUUUUUUAAAUACUGUAAGUGAAUGAUGCUAUGUGCUGCAAAAGUACAGCCGUUUUACAUUGUUUUAAAUGUAUAGAUUCUACACAGCCCCUUGACUUGAAUUAACUUCUAUGGAAACAUCUUUUCUAGUGGCAAAUCAUUGCUUGUGUUUUUUACAAGUUGUUUAGGCUCUGUAAAUCUCCUCAAAGUGCAAAUCUUUAAAAACAUAUUUGCUUUCCUUUUGGAUGUUUUGUGGAAAUGGCUGAAUAAUCUGAGAUGGUGCAGGUGUUAAAGCUGUAGACUGGGGUCCACUGCCUCCCACUCCUAAACCAAGACGAACUGUGAUAUACUACAGCGCCUGCUUAAAUAUCCUUCAUUAGAUAACUGUCACUAAUGGUGUGGAAACAAUUAGCACACUCUAAUGGGAAUCUCAUACCUGUAAAUCACUUUCUCCUGUUAAAGCACAUUCCCGCUCUGCUCCAGUCUCUUUGGCUCAUUUUCUGCCUUACACUGUUAAGUAGCAAUGGUUGAAGGUGCCACUGAAGUGGCAAUAGAGUUAUGGCCUGCAUUUUCUGUUCAGAAGUGUGAUACUCCACAGGAAAUGACAUGACAUUAACCUUUGUGUCGUUCAUCUUUUGAAAUGUACUUCAUUUGACCUGCACCCGGUGAUACUCUGAUUAUAUGAUACUGUUUCGAAAAUAAUCAGCGGUGGAGAUUUCCUCCAGUGUAUGCUGGGGCGAGUGGAGGUUAUUGUACUGUUCAGUGGGUGCUUUGGUCCAAACACGAGUAAUGUGGAACUAUUGACAGGAAGAUCUGUUAUGGUGACGCUUGCUUUUGUGCUCAUUGAGUUAACUCUUCAUUUUCAUUAAAGUGUUAAUC